AUGGUAGACCAGCCAACUCAUCACGCCAUUCUAAUCGGCAUCAAUGCUUACCGAGAGCGUCCCUUGAUAGGCUGCGUCCGCGAUGUCCAGAAGAUCAAAUCAUACUUAGAGAGCCAAUCAGUGCCAAUCAACAUCCAAAUAUUCACAGCUACACAAAGCCCUUGCGCUGAAGCCGGCCCUGCAGAGGAAUCCAGCCUUUGGCCAACGCACGAAAAUGUGACAGCGGCUUUGAGAGGCCUCGCUACACGGACUAAGCCAGGCCAUUGUGUUUACAUACAUUUUUCAGGCCAUGGUACUCGGGAGGGAAACCAAACACGAGGCAAAUUCUCUAAUGAAUCCACCGGAGAUUUGGCGUUGGUUCUGCUUGAUGGAGAGAAUGCGCGCAGUACUAAGAGCUAUGGAGGCCACGCACUUUCCAUAGCGCUAAAUGGUAUGGUUAGAAAAGGUGUCGUUGUCACAGUGGUUCUGGACUGCUGCUUUGCUGCAAGCAUUUACCGUCUUGAUCGGCCAAACAUCCGAUUCAUGCCCUUCAGCGAAAUUGACUCUGUUAUUGAUGAUAGUCCCUUUAUCGAAAUGGAAAAGGAUCCUUCGGGCUACCGCGACAUCUCUGCCCGGUCUAACUGGCUUAUGGAUCCAAAAGGUUACGCAAUCCUCGCUGCCUGUGGUCCGCAAGAAGAGGCGAGCGAGAUCUCUCACGACGGGGAAGUCUCUGGAGCGUUGUCCUAUUAUCUCCACUGCAGCUUAACCGACAAUGGAAUAAAUCAGAGACACAAGGAUGUUUUCUAUCGUCUUUGUUCCAAUACGCAAGCUGCCUCGGUUGACCAAACCCCUGUUUUGCGUGGGAAUAAAGAUCAAGAGUUCUUCGGUUUACAUACACUGGCGACUAACCGACCGGUCAUACCCGUGUUUAAAACCUCACAAGGGUUUGUUCUGCAAGCUGGGUAUGCGCAUGGCGUUGAGGAAGGCGAUGAUUUCAUCAUUUACCCUUCCAGCGUGGUCGACCAUAAUGCGGCCUUGCAUGACAACAUGAUAAGUGCCAGGGUUGGUACCAUUGGUCCUCUCACAUCAUCUCUGGAACUCACAAAUGGCAAGUCUUCUUUGAGAGAGGUGGCAUGUGUUGCGGAACCUCGAAGAAGACAUUCUUUUCGCCGAUUUCCGAUAGCUUUAAGCGAAACAAUACUGAACCGCGACGAGUGGUUGGCAGCCUUCGACAAAUACUCCCUAUCAGUCCAUCAUGAGACAGAAGGGUUCCCUUUCUCGUUUCGAGUUGAGGCCUUUGGGGAUGAGUAUCAAAUCUUGGACAAAGAUGGGCAGGGGCUGCUAAACUUGCCGGUCUUGAAACAACGUGGAACAGACCUGGAGGACGUCGCCGCGAUGCUAGAGCAUCUGGUAAGAUACGAACUAGUCAAAAGUCUUUCAAACGAGUCCUCUUCAGAAGAGUUCCAGGCUUCAUUCGAGGUCAACAUUUCGAACCGAGACGGAGACCAAUUUAGCCCUGGACAGCUUAUUCAUGCAGAAGAAUCAGAUGGAAAAUACAUGUUCGAGUUGAUUGUCCAGAACAACAGCUGUCGAGAGCUCUACCUCUACGUCUUCAACCUUGGUCCACUUUGGCAAGUAGAUGACAUUAACCACAAUGGCGCUGAGUUGAUUCCUUCCCUCGAAUCUGGCGAAGGCUUCAAAAACACGUUUACCAAGAAGUUAAGGACUAUGGUGCCGCCGGAAAUGAAGGCAAGGGGCUUGUUACAAUGCGACGAUACGUUGAAGAUCUUUGUUACGUCGCAUCCGAGUUCUUUUGAUCUUCUUGAGCUGCCCAAGAUCGGGGCUUCGCCUAAGAAGCAGGCUACAAAGUCGAGGGAUCGGUCGGGGAAGGAGUGUGCUGAGGAGUGGGUGGCUUUGAACUUCUCUCUGAGAACUUCAUCAGCGCUCCCAGCCGAGAUUGCUGAAUGA